AUGUCUGUCUCCUCCGCUUCCAGCACUUUGUUGCGCGCCUGCGCCCGCCAACAGGUGCCCACCAGCCGCGCCGCCAUCGCCUCCUGCCAGCAGCGGAGGGGAGUCGCUGAUGCCUCCAAGACGUCCUUCGAAAGCCCCUUCGGCACCUCCAAGGGAUACGACUCGACCUUGAAGAUCCCCAAUUUCAGCAAAUACCAAUCCAAGAAGGCCCCGAGAUCCAACCAGGUCUUCUCCUACUUCAUGGCCGGCUCCCUGGGUCUGGCUUCUGCUGUCGGUGCCAAGGCUACUGUUCAGGACUUCUUGGUCAACAUGUCCGCCUCCGCCGAUGUCCUUGCCCAGGCUAAGGUUGAGAUUGGUCUCGGUGCCAUCCCCGAGGGCAAGAACGUCAUCAUCAAGUGGCGUGGAAAGCCCGUUUUCAUCCGUCACCGUACCCAGGAUGAAAUCAACGAGGCCAACGAGAUUGACGUUCAGAGUCUGCGUGACCCCCAGACUGAUGAGGAGCGUGUCCAGAAGGCCGAGUGGCUGGUCAUGUUGGGUGUCUGCACCCACCUUGGUUGUGUCCCCAUCGGCGAGUCCGGUGACUUUGGCGGCUGGUUCUGCCCCUGCCACGGUUCUCACUACGACAUCUCUGGCCGUAUAAGAAAGGGCCCUGCUCCCCUGAACCUCGAGGUUCCUCAGUACAACUUCCCCGAUGAGGAAACUCUCGUCAUCGGUUAA